GGGAGCGGCAGAGGAGCGGUAGGGGAGCGGCAGAGGCGCGGUAGAGGAAUGGUAGCGGAGCGGCAGAGCGGCGGCAUAUGCGCGGUAAUUGAGCGGUAGAGGAGCGUCAGGCGCGUCAUUGUUUCGAAUUCGAGGCGGACCGUCGGCCGAGGCGCACCUGAUGUUGAUGAAACGCAAAACGAUGGACUGUACGGUCGUAUCACGGAGCUCUCCAUGGAUUGUACGGUUUUAACGAAUGACUGCGGCGGAAAGGGGAAAGCCAGUCCAUAGCUCCAGCGUCCCAGUGGAUGCUGCGUUCCGGACCGGGGCAUGUGAACCGCACCGGGAUGGUUCUGUACCGCUAAAACACCCGGUUCACCGUCCGUCACGGAGCCAGAGCAGACCCAGCCAUGGCCUCGGACAGCUGCCUGUUGGUGUGGUCCGAUCAGUGUGUCAUCGUGUGUCCCCUGUCCCUCUCUCUCUCUCUGCCAGUCACCCCCGAGGCCCUGGGCUUCCUGACGGCCGUGGCCGUCUUCGUGGUGGCGCUGGGCGUGCUCUUCCUCUUCAUCACCAAGAAGCUCUGCUUCUCCCGGGUGGGGGGGCUGCCCUGCCUGGAGCAGACCGGCCGGGGCGGAAGACCCGGCGACACGGGGGGGCUUCGUCAGGGUCUCGUCAACAGCUAUGGGCAUGAGGAGGACUUCUAUGAGGAGGAGGGCAGCAGCGCUUCCGACGGGGAGGAGGAGGUGCUGAAGCAGUUUGAGAUCUCCGUCUCGCGCUCCCAUAGUUUCCGCGGCGGGGGCGCCUCCCACCGCGCGGCCGCCCGGGCCCUCUCCCAGCCCGCGGGGGGGGGGCGGGGGCGGGGGCGCCGGGGGUCUGGACACCUCCUCUCCGACCAGGACGAGGUCAGCAGCGGAGCCUCAGAGUGUGGAGACAUGGAGGACCGGAGCUCCCCAGGGUUCCAGGACCCCCCCAUGUCCCUCCAGGUCCUAGAGAGCCGCGAGAGACCCCAGUCCAGCCGCCCAGAGACCCCUAGGAGCCAGACCCCCCGGAGCCAGACUGGGACCCCCCGAAACCAGACCGGGACCCCCAGGAGCCAGACCCCCCGGAGCCAGACCGGGACCCCCAGGAGCCAGACCCCCCGGAGCCAGACCCCCCGGAGCCAGACCGGGACCCCCAGGAGCCAGACCGGGACCCUGAAGGAGCCCUCGCUGCGGGGGGCCCGGGGCUCCCUGCGCCCUGGGGCCACCCCCACCCCCACCCCCACCCCCACCCCUAGCCUCCUGGGCCCACGGGCCCCGGGCGGGGAGGUGCAGGCGGAGGUGCAGGUGGAGGAGGAGAAUGCGGGCUUGGACAACAACGACGCCACUGACAGCUCCUCCACCUGGAGCCCUGAGGGCGAGCCGCCUCCUCUGGGCGACGCCGUGCCCGGCGAGCCCACCGCCGUCUCCCCGGCCCCCCGGGGCCCCCCCGUCACCACCUGCGGCCACCUGCUGCUGUCCCUGGAGUACCACCCCGAGGCGGAGCGGCUGCAGGUGCGGGUGAUCGCCGCGCGGGACAUCCCGGACAAGGCGCGCAGCGGCAUGGACUGCCACCAGGUGCACGUGGUGCUGCUGCCCGCCAAGCGCCAGCGCCGCAAGACCUCGGCCCAGAAGGGCCCGCAGCCGCGCUUCGACGACGCCUUCCGCUUCGCGCGGCUGGACCCGUCGGACCUGCUGCUGUCGGGCCUGCGCUUCCGGCUGUACGCGCUGGGCGGACGCAUGGCGCGCGAGAGGCUGGUGGGCGAGAGCAUCCUGCGGCUGGGCGGGCUCAACCCCGACGGGGGCACCAUGGAGACCAGCCUGGUGCUCGAGCCCCGCAGCAACCUGAAGUCUCUGGACUCCCAGCUCAGCCUGGCGGUAGCCCCCCCCGGAGAGGGGGUGUCGUCGGGCCAGUCCUUGGCCCACGGGGGGGUCCCGGAGCUGCUGCUGGGUCUGUCCUACAAGGCCACCACCGGGCGCAUGUCGGUGGAGGUCCUGAAGGGGAGCCACUUCCACAACAUGGCUGUGACCAGACCACCAGAUACCUACUGCAGGCUGGUCCUGCUGAACUCGGUGGGCCAGGAGAUCUCCCGCUGCAAGACGUCGGUGCGUCGCGGCCAGCCCAACCCCGUCUUCAAGGAGACCUUCGUCUUCCAGGUGGCGCUGUUCCAGCUGUCGGACGUGACCCUGAUGGUGUCCAUCUACAGCCGGCGCAGCAUGAAGAGGAAGGAGAUGGUGGGCUGGGUGUCCCUGGGCCAGAACAGCAGCGGGGAGGAGGAGCUUCUGCACUGGGAGGACAUGAAGGACGGCCAGGGCCAGUGGGUCAGCCGCUGGCACAUGCUGCUGGACGCCUAGACACGCCCCCUUUGGCCCGAAGACACGCCCCCCCUCCCACACACAAACCCGCACCCUCCGUCUGAAGGACACCCCCCCCACCCCCAUCUGUCUACAGGACACGCCCCCUAUGGCCGGAGGACACGCCCUUUCUGACUGGAGGACACGCCCCCUCCCACACACAAACCCGCACCCUCCGUCUGAAGGACACCCCCCUAACCCCCCUCUUUCUAUAGGACACGCCCCCCCCCACACACACACACACACAAACACAUCCUCUAUCUGGAGGACGGCCCCCUACCCCCCUCUGUCUAUAGGACACACCCCCUUUCGCCUUGACACUCAAUCACUUGGAAUCGUUGGGCUUGGAACGUCUGGACCUUGGCCGAGGUGGCGAUGAGCAGAUUGGUCCGGACGGCUCCAGUACUGAGGUCCCCCUGGACCUCUAACGGCCGUGUGGUUGUGGUGGAGGUGAAAACCCAGGGAGGAGGAAGCCCGGUUCGGGGUCAAGGGUCCAGGACUAACGAGACUCAGACUUUAUCCGUGGUUAUGGAUCUGCUUCACAGACCUGCAAUGUAUAAUUACACUGCUUUACCCCAACCUAACCAGUACCACCAGUCAAACACACAAGUCAGUCGGCUAAACAUAGUAAAUCCAGUUUACACCUUUUACUUGUUUAAACUUAUGCUGAAGUCUACACCAGUCUACACCAGUUUACACCAGUUUACACCUGAUGGAAGAGGGAGGGAGAGACAGGAAGAGAGAGAGAGAGGGGGAGAGAGAGAGAGAGAGAGAGAGAGAGAGAGAGAGAGAGAGAGAGAGAGAGAGAGAGAGAGAGAGAGAGAGAGAGAGAGAGAGAGAGAGAGAGAGAGAGAGAGAGAGAGAGAGGGAUAGGGAGAGAGAAAGGGAGGGAGAGAAAUGGCAGGGAGAGAGAGAGGGAGAGAGAGGGAGAGAGAGAGAGACGGAAGUCAUAGUGCACUGUGGGUAAAAUCUUUGAGUGAAUAGAGAAUGAUUUCUCAUUGAAACGUUCUAUUGUGACCUCGCUGCUGAGAGGCAGCUGGCGACUCCCACUGCAACACCUGGCCAACUGCUUCAUUGGCUUGCUGGCUGGCUGGCAUGUUCUGACCGACUGACUGGCUGACUGACUACCGUUCUGUAAGGCUUUAUGACUCAUUGGCUGACUGGCUGGCUGGCAUGUUCUGACCGACUGACUGGCUGACUGGCUGACUGACUACUGUUCUGUAAGGCUUUAUGACUCAUUGGCUGACUGGCUUGAUGACUGGUUUAAGGUGUGUCCGACUGGAUGCGUGUGUCUGGCUUCCUGUCUCUGCCUCAACUGCUACCCAGAGAAGAGGCUUCUCACCCCAGCUGCUCAUAGCAUGACGUGAAGGACCGUGCGUGUGCGCGCGCGUGUGUGUUUGUGUGUGUGUGCAUGCGUGUGUGUGUGUGUGUGUAUGUGUGUGUGUGUUCUCUAUUUGGUUGUAAAUUGGUGCAAACAACAGAUGAAGCACGCAGCACAAUGAUGAUGAGGAUGAUGAAGUCGUGAUGAAGAUCAGGGUCUUCACAGAAUCAGCAGAAUCAGUUGAAUCAUCUCCACCCAGAACAUACUGGUAUAUAUUAGUACUGGUAAAAAUUUAUCACUGGUAUAUAUUUGUGUAUAUAUCCCUACUGGUAUCAUACUGGUUUACAUACUGGUAUAUAUAUGUGUAUAUCCAUACUGGUAUCAUACUGGUAUACAUACUGGUAUAUACUCAUACUGGUUUAUAUGUAUUACUGGUAUAUAUUUGUUUAUCCAUACUGGUAUAUAUACAUAGUGAUAUAUUUACAUACUGGUACCGACUGGUAUUAAUGCAUACAUUCAUACUAUAUAAAUUCUGGUAUAUAUUCAUACUGGUAGAUAUUUAUAACUGGUCUAUAUUAGUGUAUAUUUCCAUAGUGCUAUAAUACUGGUACACAUGCAGAUAUAUCUACAUGCUGGUAUACAUACUGGUAUUGAUUGGUCCUGGUACUGGUGUGUAUUGGCACAUGGUGGGCUGUAGGGGGCGGGGCGUGUAAAUUCACCAACACCGAUGACCUCCACGCCCAAUCACAUCCUGGACAUUGUCUCAGGAGGAUUUACACCCUCACCCUGAAUGCGUUCCCGGUUUCCGUGGCGACGCAGAGCCUCGAGACAAUCCUCAAUCCUUAUGAGUCUUUACGACCGUGGGGGACGAUUGGACCGUCGGUGCGUUGUCACGGGCGACGACACUCCGGGGAACCAAUAGCAAGGCUGCGUAGCUGCAUGAGUUCGGUCCCCUUGCACUGCUCGCACACGGGUCACAAUGAACUGCUUCCACCAAUAGCACAUACAUGUCAGUUGUAUCUGGCUAAUGAUUGGCUGGGUGGUGGUAAAGCUCGGGUGACUUCAUGUUUACAUUUCAUAUACGGCCGUCCUUGUCCUCUGGCCAGUGAGUGACUGCUUCAGGGAAAAACAGGCAGCAGGAAGAGAUUCUCAGGAUGGAAGCAGAUGCAACAGGCUGUUACGAAACAAGUUCAAAAUAAAGUAUACGGGAAUAACAUAACGAAACCUUAGACCAAUACUCACUAUAACAUAUGUUAUAUGUAACUAUAGGACACUUUAUUUGGUCACUAUAACAUUUUUAGUGACCAUUUCUCACUAUAACAUGUUUAGAGACUACAUCACUAGACCAAUACUCACUUUGACAUGUUAAGUGACCAAUACUCACUAUAAUAUGUUUGUUUAGAGACCAAUUUUCACUAUAAUAUGUUUAGAGACCGUAUCGUUAGACCAAUACUCUGUAUAACAUGUUUAGUGACGCCAUCACUAGUCCAGCACUCACUAUCCCUACAUUAACAGGUAAGAUGUAAGAUUCCAUCAGGGUAUUAAUCUAUUGGUUUGUGUUUCAACUAAUCACAAGGAGAUUGUACAUUGUAUUUUUUUUUAUGUAAUGGAAGCACAAAUGUGGAUCUAAACAGACGUAGAAGCUUCCCCUGCCUGUUCCCUCCACACCGGUUCUGUGCACACUAGACCACAGCACCAAUCCCAAUCCAUCCAUGCACCCGGGACAGUCAGUGUACAUACUCUGUGAUGAUGAGCAUAUCUCCGGUGUAUUUUUGGUAAAUGCUUUAGGUAUGUCGUGAUGCUUGAGAGUCUUGACGGAUGCAUGCAUAAAGAUUAUAUAAUUGUAAUAAACACUAGAGCGAGCGUUGCCCAGUUCUUCCAGGUUUGUCCACACGGAGAUGACAUGAGGGGCCUGCUCAUCGCCUCCAUGCGCACGGCCGCACGAUUCUCCGUCCCUGAGAUAAUCCAUCGUUCACACUGUUUGCAUGAGCCGUGAGUUUCGGUGUGUCCCUCUUGGCGUGUGCGCGGUUCUCCCGUCACGCCGGCUUGUGGAACAUCUGGAUUCCUUCGAGGGAACCGAGAGAGAGUGGGAGAGAGAGGGAGCGGGAGGGAACACUUUUUUGUACCGCGUUUUGUCUGUGCCAAUAAAAAUUCGGAUCCCUGUUG